CCCCCCUGGCCCUAUCGAAACCACUGCACUGUACUAUACAGCAAAUCUGAGUAUACAUGGCAUGCAGUGAGAGCACAAGAAAUCUGUGGAGGCUGAGGUUGAACUGGUUUAUAGUGUUAUUGCUGUCACCUGUUCUGUACUCUUUCAGCUACGUUGGAGUUCUGUCAUCUUUUCACAGAUUUGUGACUGAUCCUAGAAAUGAAACAGUGGAGAAUAAUAAAACGGUUGAGGGUGGCUUAGGUGAAUCAGAAUUGUUUUAUUCUCUUGCAAUAGCAGCACAAAACUUUGGGUCAGUACUAGGAAGUCUUUCAAGCGGUAUUCUUGUGCGAUAUGUACCCGUCUUAUACUUGUUUUCCAAUGCUGUCUGUCUGCACAUUGUCGGCUAUGUGUUGUAUGGACUUUCUACUCGAGGUUGGAUGCUGAUUAUUGCCGAGUUGCUGGCAGGAUUUUAUCUUGGAGCUCAAGGAACGCUGAGUUAUAGUUAUGUCACAGAGACCUGUGUGACUUAUGAGGAAUUGUUGAGCAAAAGGGAAGGUAAUAUCGAAAUUGACAAGAGUCGUGAAAUUAGACUUCGAAAUUUACUCUUCACACUCAAAACUGUUGGAAAUAGCCUUGGCUCAUUUAUUGGAGCAGGCACAGCGAUUGUACUGGCAUACCUCCCUGUGGAUCAGUACCGUACUAUUGCCUGGGUGAAUGUUGGAAGUGGUAGCUUGCUUCUUUUCUCUUUCAUACUCUUAUUUCAUGGAGAGUACAGCUGGAAGAAGAUACAUAGAUGUAAGCAACUCUGCAAAUGCUCUAGUAACGUCAGAUCACAGAGACCUGGACCUCUACAAAUAUUCAUUAUUAUGAGCGUAUUUCUACUGGCCUUUAUUGAUGUUUUCAAGUGGGGCUUCUUUGAAACUUUGAUGAAUCCAAUCCUCAGUGACUCGUUUGGCUUUACUUUAGCUGAAUCGGCAUACUUCUAUUUGGGAUUCAGUGUUGCUCGGAUUUUAGGUGCUAUUUUAACGACUGUUCUGCAAAGACUAAAGAUGAAACCACAGGCUAUUGGAAUUGUUGCUAUUUUAGCAGUAAUUUCUGGUUACCUGGUGAUUUCUGACUGGCAAGCAAUCCCUUAUGACCCAUGUACAGAAUGCAGUCCGUAUCAUCACGAUCUCUUAAGAAAUAUGAGUUCUUGCCUAAAUAUUACAGACAGUGAUGAGCAGGUAUAUAGUGAUGAAACAGACUUUUUAAAACCCAUAGAGGGGUUCAGAAUGACAAGCACUUUGUUUUCACACUCUAAUUUGAAACGAGCCAUAGCUGAUAUCCAGAUACCCAGUGUGUAUACUAACUUUAGCUGUCAACUGUGCAAUGUCUGUAAUGGAACACAUCCUCAUGGACUGCCUUGUUCGUACCACUUAAUAGAUGAUCAUGGAAAAUUAAAUUAUACUUUAUCUGUUCCUGAAGGAGUAUCAUUUGUUGAGACUUUCCUUUGUCAGCAAAAUUUAUCAUCAAUUAUUGAUGAAUUUUGUGUAAAUAUCUACAAAAGCCAAUCGUCAUCUCCGUCACAAAACUUUUUUGUUAUCCGUGAAGACGACUACUCUUCAGCUAGUAAUGCGUGUAUGGAUGCUAGUUUGCCACACCAUCACUGCCAUUGGAUUCCCUUCUCACAAAUUGCCAACAAAAAGUGUGAGGAUUGUCCACCAAUCUGCCGUAGCAUUGAACAAACACUUAGUUUCCCUCAGUUUAUAGUGGGAAUGACACUGUUAGUUGCAACCAAUCCCCUGAUUUGGUUUCCUAUGAUGGCAAUCAUUUCCAACCAAACUCCACUAGAAAUGCAGGGAAUGCUGAUUGGUAUUUUCUUCACUGUGAGCACAACAGCACAAAGCAUAUGCCCUAUUAUUCUGGAUGCGAUGUAUGAAGGAUUCAAAAAGAGAACAUUUGUUGCAGCCGCUUUGUUGGCCACUCUCCAUCUACCAUUUUUAGUUGAGAUAAUAGUGUUGUACAAAAAACUUGGGCCAAGGUAUGCCGGCAAUGAACCUCGGUACACCAAACUCUUGAUCAAUGCUGACACAAAUGAUUAGUCACUCAUUUUAUGUACUGCAUUGUGGCUUUUUGCAUGAUUGAAUCUGUUGAUCGUUUUUGUUAUAUUAAAAAAUUAUGUGUUAGCACUAAUUAGUGUUACGGAACAAUUUUGGUCGCGUCACAUGGUUUCUUUACAUGCAUUGUUUACUGCAAUAAUGAUCUAUCCGUUGUUGUG